GGCUUCGCCAUGUUACUCGGUUUUCUCCGUGAAAAUUGUGAAGGCAAUGCAGAUCCAGAAAGCCUUUCUGACAUUGACGAUGCAGAGGCUGAUGGGUACCUUCACAAUGAGGAAGAAACACAAUAUAAAAAGAUUAUCUGGGAGGAAAUGAACAAAGAGUACCUUGAGGAACAAGCAGCUAAGGAAGCAUUGGCAGCUGAAUUGGCAGCUACAGGGAUUGAUCCAGAAGCGGGAAAGAAACAUUCAUGCCAGCCCAAGUUAUUGGACGAGAAGCAGACCACUAUCUACAAAAGGGUUGUACACAAGAAUUAUAACUUGAAGAUGAAAGCAUCAAGGGCAUUAGAAGAGAAGCGUGCACGCUUAGGCUUGGUGGAAUGCAUGAACCAUGAGCUAUUGCAGCUGUACCCUGGACUUCAUGAGAAGCCAGGUAGAGAUUAUACUGUGUCAACAAUGAGCAAACUCAGCUCUAUGUGAAAUGUAUGUGAACCUUGGUGUGCCUGAGAACGUCGAAAAAUGUGUAGAUCUGAUGGGUUGUCUGAACUAUUUAUACUGUGUCAACAGUGAGCACUAUGUAAAUCUGAUGGAGACUAAACCUAACCAAAGCUAACAGGUACCUCUAUCCCAUGAGAGGCAUGAUCUUGAGGACUAUGUCGGUGAUGCAACAAAAUGUUUCUUAUUUGCGUUUUUCUUUAAAAUUGAGUAUAUGCACACUAAUCAUUAUCAGUUACA